CAUUAAAAAAAUCUAAGUUUUUUUUUUUUUUAAUCACCAGAACAGCUUUCAGUUCCACACGUCGUCUGCUCUGGAAUACUGGAGAUCGCCGGAGGAAUUAGGAUCUUCAAGUAAAACAAUAUCACUUAUUUGAUCAAAACGCGUUGCUCGUCGUCUCAAAUUUUGCGUUUUUGUUUUAUCAAUAUAACACAGGAGUGAUUGAAGAUGGUGUUGAUGACAUUUGUUGCUUGUAAGUUGUAAUCAAAACCUAAGUAUGGGAAUCUUGUCACGCAGCCCAACUUGUAGUAGUAGUAGUAGGAGAUCAGACGAUAGCGUGAAGCUUCUUACAACUGCUUUGUUUGCUAUAGCUUUUGGCAUUAUUCUUGGACUAUCUUUUCCAUCUUUAUGGAUCACUGAGACGAGUCUCCCCAGAAACCUUCUGCAUUCCAUUGAUAUCUCACAUAGGAAUUCAGAUAUUGCAACUCCUCCCACAGUCAAUGAUAACUCAAAGAUAUGGGUGCCUUCAAAUCCUCGAGGCGCUGAAAGAUUACCACCCGGUAUUGUUGCAUCCGAGUCAGACUUGUACUUGCGCAGAUUGUGGGGGAGCCCUGAUGAGGAUUUGAAGAAAGAACCGAGAUAUCUAGCAACAUUUACAGUGGGUUAUAAUCAGAGACACAAUAUAGAUGCAUGUGUUAACAAGUUUUCAGACAACUUUACAAUUGUUCUGUUUCAUUACGAUGGGAGAACAAGUGAGUGGAAUGAUGAGUUUGAGUGGUCUAAGACUGCAAUACACAUAAGUGUCAAAAAGCAGACGAAAUGGUGGUAUGCAAAGAGAUUCUUGCACCCGGACAUUGUAGCACGAUACGAUUAUAUAUUCAUAUGGGAUGAAGAUCUUGGAGUCGAUCACUUCAACGCAGAAGAAUACAUAAAAAUGGUGAAGAAGCAUGGCCUUGAGAUUUCACAGCCUGGUUUGGACCCAGAGACAGGGUUUAAUUGGCAGAUCACCAAAAGAAGAGAACAUAGUGAAGUCCAUAAGGAAGAAACAGAUGAAAAACUAGAUUGGUGCUCUAAUCCUCCCCGGCCUCCAUGUGCUGCAUUCGUGGAGAUCAUGGCUCCUGUCUUCUCAAGAGCUGCGUGGCGCUGCGUGUGGCAUAUGAUCCAGAAUGAUUUGGUUCAUGGUUGGGGUCUUGAUUUUGCACUCAGAAGAUGUGUUGAGGAGCCUGCAUAUGAGAAGAUAGGAAUAGUAGACUCUCAGUGGAUCGUUCAUCAAUUUAUACCUUCCCUUGGCAAUGAGGGAAAAGCAGAUAACGGGAAAGCCCCAUGGCAAGGGGUGAGGGAUAGAUGUCAACUGGAAUGGAAAUUGUUCGAGAAAAGAGUUGAAAACGCAGAGAAGGAUUACUUCAAAUCGUUAUAACAAGUUGAAAGCCCAUCCAAUUCAACCACCUCUCCAUAGGACCUUACCAUAUUAGUAGUUGUUGUAGCCAUGAGAUACUUCUGAGGUUGCCAUACAUACUAAUUAGUACUAUUUGUAUCUCAACAUUUACAUAUACAUACAUCUCUCUACAGGUUAUAUAUAGAUAAUUACCCCA